UGAUAUCAAUCGAAAAUUUCGACACCGCGAUCGCGAACCGCGCAUGUGAGUUUUUAUAAAAUUUGCAUUUUUUCAGGUUCCGUUCCGUCCGCUAUUUGUUUAGAUUAGAAAAUAAUUUUCAAUAGUUCUGAUGUUUCUGUAACAACAUUAGUGUAAGCAAUUUUCACUUCAAACGAAUUUCCCCUGUGUUCAUGCUCGUAGUAUCUUCGCUCUCAAGAUUCAGUUUGAUUUUGUCCCAAACAAUUUCCCCGAGGAACGGCAUUUUCAGAAUCAUGAAGAAAGCAUCGUCUUCGAAAGCGGAUGGUCCCGCCGAAAAGAAACCGAAAGUCGAAGGCGGUCCAAUCAAGGUGGACGACUUUGUGGAAAAAUUCAAAACCAUCCGUAAGGAAACGGCCAAAUCCAUCUUGGACUUCGAUUUCAAGAAAAAACGCGUACGUAUCCUGUCCGACGCCAAGGAAGUGGAAGAAAACAAAAAAGGCGUCAUUUAUUGGAUGUCCCGGGAUGCCCGAGUACAGGACAAUUGGGCGUUUUUAUUCGCGCAAAAACUGGCGCUGAAGAAUGAACUUCCGUUGCACGUUUGCUUCAGCCUGGUUCCGAAGUUCCUCGAUGCCACCAUCAGACAUUACAAGUUUAUGCUGAAGGGUCUCGAAGAAGUCGCAAAGGAAUGUGAAUCUCUGAAUAUUAACUUCCACAUGCUGACUGGGAUGGCCAAAGACACCAUUCCAAAAUUCGUCAAAACGCAUAAUAUUGGAGCCGUCGUGUGCGACUUCAGUCCACUUCGUGUUCCAAUGAAAUGGGUGGAAGACGUUCGUAAAUCAUUGCCUGCCGAAGUACCGCUCUGCCAAGUGGAUGCCCACAAUAUCGUACCCUUGUGGGUAACAUCGGAGAAGCAAGAGUACGCAGCACGAACCAUUCGCAACAAAGUGAACAAUAAUCUCAAUACCUACCUGACACAAUUUCCACCGGUUAUCAAACAUCCACAUAAGGCAUCAUUCAAAGCAGACUCAAUCGAUUGGGUCAAACUGCUGGAUACCAUUGAGGUAGAUCGAACCGUAGAUGAAGUAGAUUGGGCCGUUCCGGGAUAUACCGGAGGAAUUGGAGUGCUACAAAGUUUUGUCGAAAAACGGUUGAGGAAGUUCAAUGCCAAACGAAACGACCCAACCGAUGAUGCACUAUCUAAUCUCUCCCCUUGGUUCCACUUUGGCCAAAUUUCCGUCCAGCGAUGCGUCUUGGCCGUGAAGAAGUACGGCAAAGGAUACUCCGAAGGCGUGGCAGCUUUCUGCGAGGAAUCGAUUGUUCGAAGAGAGCUGUCCGAUAACUUUUGUUAUUACAACAAAAACUACGACAAUUUGAAAGGAGCAUACGAUUGGGCCCAGAAAACAUUGGAUGACCAUCGCAAGGAUAAACGGACCUAUGUCUACAGCAGGGACCAGUUGGAGCAAGCUCGAACUCAUGACGAUUUGUGGAACUCUGCACAAAUUCAGAUGGUCAAGGAAGGUAAAAUGCACGGCUUUUUGCGAAUGUAUUGGGCAAAGAAGAUUUUGGAGUGGACCAAAACUCCGGAGGAAGCUCUUGAAACGGCAAUUUACCUGAACGAUCGCUACCAGUUGGACGGCCGUGACCCGAAUGGUUACGUUGGCUGCAUGUGGUCCAUUGCGGGCAUUCACGACCAGGGAUGGCGUGAGCGGGAAGUGUUUGGAAAAAUUCGCUACAUGAACUACGAAGGCUGUAAGCGAAAGUUCGACGUUGCCGCCUUUGUGGCACGGUACGGAGGAAAGGUUUACAAAAAGUGACCGGUCCAUCCGCAACAUCAAGCUGAAUUCCGCUGCAAUCGGUAAGUACUUUUUUGACGUUUUAUUUUCGGUAUUUCAUGUGUUCCUUAUUCGUAUUGAUCUACUCAUUUACUUUACCUUAAUCUUACUUAUGUUUUCUCUAAUUUCUAUUUAAUACUUUGCUCGAAAUAAGAUUGUCGAGGUAACAAGAGUACAAAUAAAAUCAACCAUUACAAUAGAACGCAUAAAAA